AUUUUUUAAAAGCAAAAUGGCGGCGCCUAGAUUGUUUAGAUCUCUGGUGCGGAGUGAAACCCAAUUUACUAGUUGUUGUUUCACAAGAAAUAUUUCAUCUAACAAUGAUUCUAGGAUGACAAUGGUACAAGCAAGGGCAAUGUUAAUGGAAAUGGUUGGUUUAAAUGCUGAAUUUUCAAGUAGUAAAGAAGGAAUCGCUGAGGACUCCAUAUUUAAGAAUAUACCUAAAAAACAAGAUGGUCUACCAGUGAAGAGUUUACAAGAUAGUUAUCGUGAGGUCUAUAUACCACUUGGCACUGAUAUCUCUCUCCGCAGUAAAUACACCAACUUUUAUAAAGGAAUCAGAUUUGGCAGACUGUUAGAAGAUUUGGAUACAUUUGCUGGUGUUAUAUGUUAUACUCACAACAGAAGAGGUGAAGGUCUGAAAUCACCAUUAAGUACUGUGACAGCCUUGGUGGAUAGAAUAGAGUUAGGAGAUCAAAAAAUAACAGCUUUAUCUGAUAUUAAAUUAACUGGUAAUGUAACAUGGGUUGGUACAUCUUCAAUGGAAGUUACAAUGGCAGUUCAACAGAUUGUAAAUGAUGAAUGGCAGAAGCUGAUGAAUGCCCGCUUUCUUAUGGUAGCUAGGAACCCACUCACGGGAAGUUCUGCUGCAGUCAAUCCUCUAAAACCGAAUACUCCAGAAGAAGAGGCAAUAUUUCAAGCUGGUGAAAGAAAUAAGAUCAUCAGACAAAGAGAUGCUCAGAUAUCAUUAUUAAAAACACCACCAAAUGAAGAGGAAACAUUACUAAUUCAUAAUCAAUUUCAACAAACCAUAGAUCUCAAAUCUUCAACGUUUAGGAUUAGAGUCAAACCUGAAAACAGUGUGUGGAUGGAAAGUACUAUAUUAAAAAACCUGUUUAUUUGCCACCCAGAGAAUAGAAACCUAUAUAACAAGAUAUUUGGAGGUUAUAUAAUGAGAAUAGCAUUUGAAUUGGCCUGGGCUAAUGCUGCUCUAUAUAGUAAAUCAAGACCAUUGGUAAGGAUUGUGGAUGAUAUAGCUUUUAGAAAACCUGUAGAAAUUGGAUCACUCUUAUUUCUUUCUUCACAGGUUGUUUACACAGAACAGUCAAAAAUGCAGGUCAAAGUUCAUGCUGAAGUUGUAGUUCCUGAAUCUGGUUCAAGAGAAACUACAAAUGACUUUCACUUUACAUUUGACAGUAAAUGUGAUGACUUGCCACAAGUUAUACCUAAAACAUAUGCUGAGUCUAUGUUAUAUUUAGAUGGUAAAAGACAUUAUGAAAGUUAAUAUAUAUUUAAAGACAUAACUUAUUGACAAUGGACCACUUGGAAUUUAAAAAUUAAGUAAAUCUUUUGGAACUCUGACAUUUCAAGCAAAGUUAUUAAUGUACAUCCUGGUCUGAUUCUAACCAUUAACAAGAGCAGUCUAUUUUUUCCUGAGGUAGGAUAAGUAGUAUAUGGCUGUAUCAACCAGAUGUAAAUUUUUUUCUUAAAUACUCAUUCUACCUGAAAGGGAUAGAGAUUGUUUGUGUUUUGAAUCAUACCCCAUGCAUAAAUAUCUUUGCUUGACAAUUCGUGUUUAUUUGGUUUUAUUCAAAACUGGUGUUGGAAAUAUGAAAGCAAGUAACAAGAUUCUGGUAUGUGUGUCAUGUAAGACACCUUGCACCAUAUUUUUAUUAUUUACCAAUACUCAUCUGUUACUAUUUUAUAGUGCCAUAUCUCCAAGAAAUUUUGUAUUUCUUUCAUUCCAUUGUUUGCAAUACAUGUUUAACUCCAUCCAUUCUUCCGGACCAAAUUGACCAAUAGUUUUGUCUUUUAUAGUGCCAAAUCAAAUAUAUAAGGUAUCAAUAUAUUCCUAUGAUAUUUUUGUUGUAUUAAGGGAGGGCAGUGCUUAACUGUGGUAUAACAAGUUUAAAUUGAAGUUAUAGCAUGUUUUAUGCUCUGUGUUUAAAUUUGUUUACAUAAUUAUGUUACUUAUGAGCAUUAGAAGGAUUUCAAGUUCUCAUAACUGUUGUUAUAAAGUUAAAUUUGUUGCAUUUUGUUGUUAUAUUAUUGAUGAAGAUUAUCCUCGAAAAACAACUACAUGAAAAGGAGUCUUAAUAUUUUCUUUCCCAUCUUAAAAAGUUCAGUUUUAGCUAUUACGCACCUUUCAGAACUAAAAUUCAUUGUUUUGGUAAGAAAAUAUUUAAACUUCUAUUACACCCUUGCAGGAUAUUCAUUGAUUAUAUUUUUGACCAAAUUAUUUUAUACAUAUUGUAUAUAGUUCAUAUUUUAUCACAUUAAAUAUUUAUUUGAACACGA